AUGGUCACGAAAUACAAGGCUGCCUGGGCUGUUGUGAUUACUAGUUCAAAUGCUUACAUUAAAGGUGUUGUUACAAUGAAGUACGCUUUACAUAAUGUUCAUAAUAGCCAAUACCCUCUCCUGAUUCUAUAUACAUCACAUGUGAAGCCUGAAAUCGUUGAGAUGCUCAAGAGCAUCGGGUGCCUUGUGAAGAAUAUCGAUGCUAUAUACCCAUCUGGGAAAGUGGAUUACCAAUUUAAGCGGUUCUCCGAGACGUGGACAAAAUUGGCUGUAUGGAACCAAACUGAGUACGACCGUCUGGUGUUGCUUGAUGCGGACAUGCUACCAGUGAAGAAUAUGGACGAAUUGAUGGGCCUAGAAUUGCCUCAGGACUGGGUUGCUGCAUCUUACGCUUGUACAUGUAACCCACAAAAGAUCAAACACUAUCCUCCUCACUGGAUACCUGAAAACUGCGCGUACACAGGAUGCCAAAGUAUUCAACCAUCUCCAAUUAGUGACCGAGCCAAUUAUUUUAAUAGUGGGCUUAUCGUACUCUCGCCAAGCAAAGAUAAAUACAACAGCAUGAUUAAUUAUCUAAAUAGCAUGGAAGAUCUUACAGUUUACUCAUUUCCAGACCAAGACUUUCUGAAUGAAAUGUUUAAAAAUAAGUGGAAGCCAAUAUCGUACGUUUAUAAUACAUUGAAAACGCUACAAUGGGCUCAUAAACCCAUGUGGGAUAUAAAUCAAGUGAAAAACAUUCAUUUCAUCCUGACUAAACCUUGGGAUCUUGACAUCAAUCAAUUAUCCGAUCUGGAAAACAUCUAUAGGGCGCUAUAUAAACUUUGGUGGAACUAUUACUCAGAGGCUUGUGGCAGCACCGGUGCCUCAAAGAGCCUGGAUAGACUGUUGGCUUGA